UUUUCUCCUCUCGUCGUCACUUGGCGUUGAAUUCUGUAGAAUAUUGGUUGAUUUUCUUUUUUUUUCUGUGAAAAAUGCCCUUGCCACCAAAUCUUCCUGUUCCCCAUAUCGUGGGCGACGAUGAACUCGAGGCAAAUGCUCCAAUAUAUCAAGAUCAUCAGCUGGAGACGGACUCGAGUCUCUCGGAUUCGCCCUACGAUGAUGAUGACGAGGUUGUGGAAGAGGGUUCCUCCAGCUCGGAGGGGGCUGAUUGGUCCAUGAAUGUCACUCGCAUAGCGGCCACCCCGGGACGUGUUCCGACCUUUGGUGCCUCCACUCCGGUUAUGGCAGAGGAGCCUUCGAUUCUAGCCGGUGAAGCUAAUGCUCUUCCAAUGCCGAAAAUGGAGGUUGAGGUGGUUAAGCAGUCGUCGUUGCCUUCUUUUCUCAAUUUACACCCAACCAGUGACCAGGUGACUACCAAUGGAGUUGACGUGGCCGCUGGCAAUAUCGAGGCAGAGGUGUCCGCCUCCACAUCACCCAAGGAUGACUCGUCGCCGAAACCAGGUUCGUCGAGGAACUUGAGAAAUGCUGGCGCUGCUGCCCCAACCCAAUCCAGGCGCAUACUCCGUUCCGCUUCGGCAACUAUAUCAGGACGCAUUACCAGGAUGAGAACUAGAGAAAUUAAUGAUAAUACUCCGGUUAAACCACUCGAAAUCACAAGUUACUUUCGUGUAUUGUCGGCCUCUCUUGUCCGUAAUCGCAUGACGGUUAAUUCGUUCCAAUUACUUCGCGGUACCAUCGAUCGUGUUUUGUCCGAGAUGGAGGUCCCAUGAAGAUCACUCUGUUAUUCCCAGGUCGACUCAUUCAUCUUAUUAGAAGGCCAGCCCCAGUCCAAGCUCGCAUGUUUUUUUUUUUUUAAUACAAUAUUGGUAAAAAUUAGUCGUAAUCUAAGAUUUUUUUUUUUUUACAAAUGAGUAACAAAACGUUAUAUUAACACAACAUGUCUUGGUUUAUGAACUUGUAAACCAGUUUUAAAAAGAAGAAAUAUGUAGAAAAUGUAUUGUACAAGGAGUUUUGGAUAAAUUAACGAAAGUC